GAGCCUGGGUCGGACUCAGAAAUGGCGGCCUCCAUGUUCUACAGCCGGCUCUUGGCUGCCGCCACCCUUAGGAGCCACCGGUCCCGGACGGCGCUGCGGGCCGCUGCAGGUUCAAAAGAUGUUGUGAUAAAGGCACAAGUUUUAGCUGGUGGUAGAGGAAAAGGAACAUUUGAAAGUGGCCUCAAAGGGGGAGUGAAGAUAGUUUUCUCUCCAGAAGAAGCAAAAGCUGUUUCCUCACAGAUGAUUGGGAGAAAGUUGUUUACCAAGCAAACAGGAGAAAAGGGCAGAAUAUGCAAUCAAGUAUUGGUUUGUGAGCGAAGAUAUCCCAGGAGAGAAUACUACUUUGCUAUUACAAUGGAAAGGUCAUUUCAAGGUCCUGUAUUGAUAGGAAGUUCUCAAGGUGGUGUCAACAUUGAAGAUGUUGCUGCUGAGACUCCUGAGGCCAUAGUUAAAGAACCUAUUGAUAUUGUAGAAGGCAUCAAAAAGGAACAAGCUGUUCGGCUUGCACAGAAGAUGGGAUUUCCAGCCAAUAUUGUGGAUUCUGCAGCAGAAAACAUGAUUAAGCUUUACAACAUUUUUCUGAAAUAUGAUGCAACCAUGGUAGAAAUAAAUCCAAUGGUAGAGGAUUCAGAUGGAGCUGUGCUAUGUAUGGAUGCAAAGAUCAAUUUUGAUUCUAAUUCAGCUUAUCGCCAGAAGAAAAUCUUUGACCUACAGGACUGGACCCAGGAAGAUGAAAGGGACAAAGAUGCAGCUAAGGCAGAUCUCAACUACAUUGGCCUAGAUGGAAAUAUAGGCUGUCUAGUAAAUGGUGCUGGUUUGGCAAUGGCCACAAUGGAUAUAAUAAAGCUUCAUGGAGGGACUCCAGCCAACUUUCUUGAUGUUGGUGGUGGUGCCACAGUCCAUCAAGUAACAGAAGCAUUUAAACUUAUCACUUCAGAUAAAAAGGUACUGUCUAUUCUGGUCAACAUCUUCGGAGGAAUCAUGCGGUGUGAUGUUAUUGCACAGGGUAUAGUCAUGGCAGUAAAGGAUUUGGAAAUUAAAAUACCUAUUGUGGUACGGUUUCAAGGUACACGAGUUGAUGAUGCUAAGGCACUGAUAGCGGACAGUGGACUUAAAAUUCUUGCUUGUGAUGACUUGGAUGAAGCUGCUAAAAUGGUUGUAAAGCUCUCUGAGAUAGUGACCUUAGCCAAGCAAGCCCAGGUGGAUGUGAAAUUUCAGUUGCCAAUCUGAUUUGAGAACCCAGUGGUUGGCUGAAGAUGUUAAAUGUGUUAUAAUUGUUAAAAAUAUUGAGUUCUGUAUUAUUAUUGUUCCUUUUCUCUUUAGUGUGUGAAGAUUGUAAUUACCAUCUAGGCACAAAAACUUUUAAAAGCAUUUGGUCUGCAUUUAAUUCUGUACAGAAUGGGCUGUUUGUAUAAAGAAUGUGUAAUGCAGUUAUCUAGUUUGUUUUGUUGCAGCUUUCUUUCUCAGUUUUGCAGAAUGUCACUUGCAAUAUGCCAGUUUAUUGUUGGGUACAGCAUUCUUCAUUGAUAAGAGUCUUAUGAAUGAAAUAAAUAUGAAGACAAA